ACGUAUCAAAACAAAUAUGGCGGUGGCUACACGUAUUGAGAUUAAUUUCACUAGAUUAUUGCAUCAAUGCCAAAUUAUGGCCGAGGACAAGGAACACAGAGAUUGGCGUUUUGAAAAAGUACGUUAAAUAUAUGUAUAUUUUUAUCACUUUAUUUAAUUAACAAGUUGGCUUAUUCUUAUAUUAUUAACUUAUUAAGUGGCUAUUCACUAUUAUUCGGACCGGGCAACCAGAAGAGAGGUUGGGAAUUUUAAAAAAAAAUUCUGCUCUUAUGGCCGAUUCUCAACCUGUUUCCAAGAUUCAUACUAUCAGGAUUUGCUUACUCCAUUGCAAGGGAUCCACCGUUGAACAAUUUUUGGGCUCGUCCGUAUGUCACCAUGGCUGGUGCAUUUCUGCCUCAACCUUAUGAUGCUUAUGUAGAUACUUUGGUCAAAAAUUUAAACAUUUUGUAAAAAUAAACCAAUGGCACAGUUGAAUAGAGAUAAUUUUGUACAGAAUUAUAACACCAAAAUCAUAUUUUUAGCUGUUGUAGUUUUAAAGUUAUGAAUUUUUAAAGUACAACUUGGUUUGUCCUUUUUUAACCAUGGACUGCAUCUCCAAAUUCUGUGACCUCAUUCCGCUGGUCGUGUCAUGCGCCAUGACUAUAUAGUUUAUAUAAGGCAACGCAUUCCCUUAUCACUAAAAUACUGUUUAGGGUCGACUUAUUUUAAACUUUCAACUUUGGCACAUGAAUAAUUAAUUAAAGCUUUCAUUGACCAAUGGUUUAAUAGCUUUUGCACAGGACAAACUCUUAUGAAUGAAACUCUGAACUGAAAUAGUACUACGAUAUAGCCGUUAUGCAAGUGGCUGUGAAUGGUUGCCAAUGACAACGUGUUGCACAGGGAAAAUUCUGAUCAUUUAUAAUAUGGACUCUGCAGGGUUUUUAAAGCUCAAAUUAAAACAUUCUAGUUUAAAUGUCUUCAAAAUUCUGAAACACAAAAUAUAAAAUAUUUUGAUGUAUAUAGUGGUAAUAAUUAAAUAUUUCCUAAGUAUCUGCAACUUCCGCCAUUAAAAGGGGGCGUGGCCCACGCCAUGUCGAAAUUAGGCUGAGCAACCUUAUGGUGAUAUGGGUCACUGUGACAAGCGUAACAAACGUGAGACACGACCUACAUCAAUGAAACUUGGCACAGAUAUAGAUCAAUAUCUAAUGCUCAUACAGAUUUAAUCAAAAAGGGCCUUGUCUUAUUAUUUCACAAAAAAUUUUGUAUGCGAAGAUGCCUUAUAUAUACCAAAGAUUUUCAAAAUAAAGGUCGAUUGAAAAAAGCAAAAUAGCAGGCUAGAAAUGUAGGCCAAGAUGUCUUCCAAAUUAUAAGGCCGGAAACGGAACUCAAAUAUAUGUGGAAAGAACUAAUUUAAUAAUAAAUAGACACACACAUCGGAAAAUUAAAAACUCGGAUUUUUCGGCGCCGACGCCCAUUUCCGAUACAAAAAAAUAGUAGUCUCCCUUGUUUCAUCGAAGUAUCUACCUUAUGUUUGCUUGGUUGCAGGGAGAAUACUCCCCACUGAUUGGGUGGGGGACCAAGGCCCCUUUCCCCUUUCAGCGUUGAGCCCUUACCCCUAGGCUACUCCCGGGGCUGUGUUGUUUACCUAGAUGCGAUGCUGCCCCACGUGUUUGGCAGUCGCUUUUCAAAUGUUUGCUCCGGCUUUUGCCGACUAGGUAAGAGCACUAACUGUUGUCACUUCAACUGCACACAGUUUUUCCAGCCCUAUUCUAUCCUAUCUGGUUCUCUUUUUCUAUCCAUUCUCACUUAAUGUACCAGCAUUUUCCAGCUAAAAUUUUUAAAAAAAAAUUUAUUUAAAAAAAAAUUUUUUUUUUUUUUACCUAUAAUCGUCCCUUAGGACAUCCUUUAGGUAAUUCGCACUCCUUUUCGAGACUUGUAAAGGCCCGUAUAGAAUGGGUCUACUGGCUUCACUGCCAAGUAUUUGUAUCCUUUUCUGACUUAUGGCUUCACAUGUGUUAAUGUGAUCAAGGGUUUCAAUUGCUAUAUUGCAAUGCCUGCAAAGGUUAUUGUUGCUUCUUUUGAGCAAGUGCAGGUGUUCUUUUGUUGGACAAUGACCUGUCCUAACUUGGGCUAUAAUGGUUUGCUCGCUUCUGUUCAGGCCCCACCAUGGGUCCUGCGGACUUGACCCUUUAGGUGAGCCCAUACGUUCCUCCCAUGAAUGGUUUCUGCCCAUUCUCUGAGCCAGAGCUUUUUGAACUGCUCUUUAAGUAAGACUUUUACACCGUCCCAUGACACCUUUUUACUUGGACUUGGAUUAUUUAAACCCUUCUUCGCUAGCCUGUCGGCGUUAUUGUGUGCCUCACUUUUGUUAUGGCUCUUUGUCCAUGUUAUCGAGAGACGUGCCCUGUUUGCAGGAUCCAGACUUUCAAUAAGUCUAUAAAUUUGGGCUAUUUUUACUUUGAGUGCCUGAACUUCUAGAUCUUUUAGUAGUCCUUGGCAAUUUGUAUGUAUUUUUAUUGGAUAGUUUUGGCCCAUUGUGGGAACUAGUUGGUUUAAGGUGACCAGUCCCACUUUUAAUGCUUUUAACUCUGCCUCCUGAGAUGUGUAGGAUCGCCUACAUUCUCCUGACUUGUUGAUGGUUGUUCCAUCUGGUAAACUUAUGUGCACUCCAUACCCUGCAUUUUGAUCACAUUGUGCCCCGUCAAUGUAUACUUGUAUGCUCUUGGGUUGUUUCUAGGAAGUUUUUGUGUUUGGUUCGACCGUUUUAACAAAGUUGAGAAGCACUCUAGUGUCAGGCCUCAGUUUUGUUACUGAGCGAAGCUUACCCCUCUUCUCUGGUAGCUUUAUUUUCUUUUUUAGAUCAUUACAGAUGCUAAUGAAGGAUUUCUUGCCUAUCCUAGUGCCUGGUUUCUCGAGCAUUAGCUCGUGUAAGGGGUCAGAGAUAUCCAAUCUCAGGAACCUUUCUUGUGCCGUAAGCAUCGCCUUGUCCCUUCUGAUGCUCAACGGUUCGAGAUUUGCCAUAAUCUGACCUGCAGCAAUUGGGGAACUUUUGAAAGUCCCACAAAUAAGUCUUGUGCCAUGGUUUUGAAAUGAGGUCCAGUUUUUGCAGUGCCGUGUCACUUGCAAUGUUCAGGAAAGGCAUGCUGUAGUCUAGUACUGAUCUCACUGCCCCGAUAAAAAGGCCUCUUAGAGUACUAGCCGAAGCACCCCAUUCAGUGCCUGCUAACAAUCUCACCAUGCGUAACUUUUCGUUCGCUUUUGACACUAUGUCCUCAAUGUGACAGUGGAGGUGGAGUUUAGGGUCUAGCGUGCACCCUAGGUAAUGUGUGCAUUUUUUGUCUGGGUCAAAGGUUUCUUACCAAAAUUGAUUUAUUAGGGAACUUUUGUGGCACCUCUGCUUAGCCUAAACAGAGUAUGUGUGGAUUUUGAUACGUUCAGUUCAAGUUUCCACGUCCUUAAGUAUGCUUUAAUCCUAAUCGUGUCUUCUUGUAGGGAAUUAGCCAGUUCCUCUACAUCGGUCCCAGUAUGCUAUAGGGCAAUAUCAUCAGCAAAUAAUGAGAUUUCUGACUUUACUAUGUCAGGAAGGUCAUUGACAUAAAUCAGAAAGAGGAGACAGCUUAAUGCUGACCCUUGAGGAAGACCCUCCUCUAGGUUUGCUUUACUGGAAGUUUGGGUGCCAAAUUUUGUUUUAAUUGAUCUGUUUUUUAGAAAAUCACAGAUCCACCAGUAAAGCUUACCCGAGAUGCCCAGCUUAAGCAUUUUAAGUUUGAGACCUGUCUUCCAAACUUUGUCGUAAGCCUGGGACAGGUCAAGAAAGACUCCAAUGGUACUUUCUUUUCUUUGGAAGCCGUUAAUUAUUCUUUGCGUGAGCCUUAUUAUUUGGUCCGUAGCCUGUCUGUGCUUCCUAAAGCAGCACUGGUUAUGGUUUAUGAGUUUCAUUCUUUCCUUGUACCAGUAUAGCCUUCUGUUAACUAUGCGCUCAGCUAUUUUCCCAGCACAGGAUGUUAGUGACACUGGCCUAUAACUCCCGGGGCUUUCGGGAGGUUUCCCCUUUUUUAAGAGUGCUGUUAUCUUAGCUUCCCGCCAUUGUUUGGGGACUUUGCCAGUAUCCCACGAGAGGGAAAUUAUUUUGAAUAGGGCUGAUUUGGCUUUGGGACCAAGCCGAUUCAACAUAUUGUUAGUGAUACCGUCUGGACCCCCAGCGGUAUCGUCUUUACAUUUCCUGUAGGCAAUUUCAAACUCGCUCCGAGUUAGUUUGGAUGACAUUAUUGAGCUUUCAUCUAGAGCUAGGGUACUCUCUAGACUGGCACAUUCAUCUUUUAGAGUGUUACCCUCGUGGGUCCACUUCUUUUCCUUAUUGGACUCAGCGAAAUGCUGGUUUAGGACUCGUGCUCUUUCUAAGUCGGAAGUGGCUAGUCUCCCGCUUUUUGCUCGUAUGGGACUCGGGUUUUGGGGAGUUACGACUCCUGUAAGGCUUUUCAACAAGCUCCAGGCUUUUUUGGAGUCUUUCUUUAGGUUCAAUUGUUUGGACUUAUUCAGCCAAGUCUCCUUCUUAAGCUCGGUGGAAAGCCUUUUAAUUUCUCUGGACAAAGCAUUGUAUUGUCUCUGAGCUGUUUCUGAACUUCGUGCCCGUUUUCUCACUCGCUGUCUCUUUUUGAUAAGUUUGCACAGCUCUGGAUUCGUGAAGGUCCCCCUUUUGUGGCUACUAUUCCCUACAGGGAUUGAUCUUUUAGCCGCGGUGAGGACACCUGUACACCAUUUCUCAUGCAAUAAGUCUAAGGGGCCCUUCCUGACAUUUGUAAAAAAAUUGUAAGUAUUUGUCAUUUUUGUAAAUUUUGCCCAGUCAGCACUUUUAUACUUCCAUGUAUUCGGACGAGAUCCUGUCACUUUGGCGUUGCCUUUGCCAAUUGUUAUCAGGAUCGGAAGGUGGUCACUUCCUAUAUCCUGGAGGACCUUUAUUGUGGACUUGUCUCUUAUAUCGCUGGAUACUAUGGUGAGGUCAGGGCGUGACUCUCUGCCAUUUCCACUAUGAAUGCAUGUUGAGGGAGACAUGUUAUUCUGCAAAAUACUUAGAUUUGUCGAAUUGCAGAGAUCCAGCAAUUUCUUGCCGGUGUUAUUUACUCUUUUGUACCCCCAUAGGGUUGCGUGACCAUUGAAGCCACCGCCUAUUAUCGUUCUGGUAAAAGUUGUCCUUUCAAAUUCAAGGUCAACUGUUACCUUUGGGGGGAGUAGAUAUUGAAAAUAUUAUAAGAGACCCCAUUUUUCCACACUUGCUAAUGUAUCGCAUCUGUGUUAGGUUUGUUCCACUUGCACUCAAUAACUCUAGUGGUCAGAGACUCUUUGACUAGUGUCAUUAAUCCGUGACAUUUUAUUGAGCAAGAGCAAGAGUGGGAGGCGUAUUUUUCUAUCCUUAUAGAUUUUCCCUUUUAGCCGUGUCUCCUGUAUUAGAGCCACGUCUACAUUCUCCGUUCUUAGUAAGUCUGAGACUAAGUGCUCUUUGGGCCAAAGCCCAUUUGCAUUCAGUUGUAGAAUGAUAAGGCUGCCAGCUUCAGCCGUUUGUGACUCUUGAGCUAUAUCACUAUCCGUGGAUAGUGUCUGCUCAUUUCUAUGAAAUCUGGCCACUCGUGCCCAUUUCUUAUCCCACCAUUCCUGUUCCGUCAUUGCAGUCAAACGCGGGUGCUUGACUUUCUGACGUUUGACUCUAUGUCUUUCGUUCAUGGCCUUACAGUCCCUUUUUCUUUUCCUACCCGUACCACGGGUUGGGAUGCUCGCCUCUAUCUAUAGCUUAAACUCUAUAUCUGAAAAUAUAGGACAAAAGUCUUUAAGUACCAAGACAAUGUGAAUCUUACUGUUCCACCCCAUAGUCUUCACCAGAGGCACGGCUCAUGGCAUUGGGUUUAUGGGAUUUUGAUGCUGGCACCAGAGGCACGGCUCAUGGUGCUGGACGAUGCGUUAGAUGCAUACGAAAGGUACGCUGGACCAGAGUCACGUCUACUGGCGAUGGACGAUGCGUUGGAUGCAUACAAAAGGUACGCUGGCACCAGAGUCACGGCUCAUGGUAAUGGACGAUGCGUUAGAUGCAUGCGAAAGGUAUGCUGGCACCAGAAUCACGGCCACUGAAGAUGGACGAUGCGAUGGAUGCAUACAAAAGGUAUGCUGGCACCAGAGUCACGGCUCAUGGUGAUGGACCAUGCGUUAGGUGCAUGCGAAAGGUACGCUGGCGCCAGAGUCACGGCUACUGGCAGUGGGCAAUGCGUUAGGUGCAUAUGAAAGGUACGCUGGCACUAGAGUCACGGCUACUGGUGGUGGACGAUGCGUUGGAUGCAUACGAAAGGUACGCUGGCACCAGAGUCACGGCUACUGGUGAUGGACGAUGCGAUGGAUGCAUACAAAAGGUACGGUGGCACCACAGUCACGGCUCAUGGUGAUGAACGAUGUGUUAGAUGCAUGCAAAAGGUACGCUGGCACCAGAGUCACGGCUCAUGGUGAUUGACGAUGCAAGGGACACAUGCGAAAGGUAUGCUGGCACCAGAGUCACGGCUACUGGCGAUGGACGAUGCGUUGGAUGCAUACGAAAGGUACGCUGGCACCAGAGUCACGGCUCAUGGUGAUGGACGAUGUGUUAGAUGCAUGCGAAAGGUACGCUGGCACCAGAGUCACGGCUCAUGGUGAUUGACGAUGCGUUAGAUGCAUGCGAAAGGUAUGCUGGCGCCAGAGUCACGGCUACUGGCAGUGGGCAAUGCGUUAGGUGCAUAUGAAAGGUACGCUGGCACCAGAGUCACGGCUACUGGUGGUGGACGAUGCAAGGGACACAUGCGAAAGGGAUGCUGGCACCAGAGUCACGGCUACUGGCGAUGGACGAUGCGUUGGAUGCAUACGAAAGGUACGCUGGCACCAGAGUCACGGCUCAUGGGCAUGGACGAUGCUUCAGCCCCAUGCCCAUGCAGGAGCCUUUGUUUGGAAUUAUAUUUAUACACCCCAUAUAUAAUUAAAUAGUCAUGUGCCAAAGUUCAAAGUUCAAAAUAAUUAGUCCCUAAAUAGUAUUUUGUAAUAAGGGGAUGCGUUGCCUUAUAUAAACUAUAUAGUCAUUGCGCAAGACACGAUCAGCAGAAUGAGGUCACUAAAUGUGGAGGCUUCGUCCAUAGUAGAAAAUACCAAACGAUUUCGCACUUUAAAAAUUCGUUGCUCAAAAAGUACGGAAGUUAAAAAGUUGAUUCUGGUUCCAUUUUUUUAUUUGAAAUUUGCUCUAAAUAACUGUAAUAUUUUAAACAAAUAUUUGUUUUACUGAAGUAACUUCAUUUAUUAACGCACAUCAUGUACAUAAAGAAAUUUCAAGCACAUGUUAAUAUAUUGCCGCCAUAUUGGUUUUCCUUUAUCUCAAUCAUCGAUUAUCUUGACAAUUUUUGGCGAACCCUGAGGCCAUUGACAUAACCGGGUUCUACUGUAAUCCCCUGAGGCUAAUUAUGCUUUUAGGUUACAUAUUUUUUAAACAUAUGUAGGGGUCACUAGGUAUGAAAAAAAUUCUAUAAAAUGCCAGAACACCAUAAACUUUCAAUGGAAGCUGCCAUUAAAAUGGUGAUAUGAGCCAGAAAUGCAAGAAGCAAUCUGAUUAGCUGGUAAAAAAACACAGUCAGCCUAUCUCAAGGCUGUUAUUAUUGUGCCAAUUGACCGGCCAUUCAUUUUUUUUUCCUUUUUGACGCUGGGCCCAGCUGUCUCAAGAGUUUUAAUAAUAUUUCAUAGUAGUAAUAGGCUAUAAAGUAUAAAGAUAGGGGCAUAGUGCUGUACAGCAGAUUAAAUUAAAAUAAUAACACAAUAAUUACACAAUCAUCACAAUGAUUUAUUAAUUUAUCAGGGAGAAUAGAAAUGUUAACACCGAAGAAUUAUUGAAUUACUUCAAUUGUAAGUUAACUUUCAUCCUCAACUUUAAAAAAAGAUGAAAAUGGGGUUGUAAAAGUUGAAGAAAAGAAUUAAAUAAUUUGCAUGAAAUUAUAUAAAUUAUAUCAUCCCUAUCAUGAUUUAAAUGAUUGACUAAUAAAAACAUCACAUUGUUUUAGUAUAUUGGGGCCCUACAGAACUUUAUGGUGGAGCUAAAGAAUUCACAAAGGUAAAAUAUGUGUUAUUUUUUCUGUUGAUUAGAAAUAUGAAUUUUUAGAUAUAUUAAUUUUUUUAUAAAUAUGCGAAGUAUUAAAUUCUUAAGCAUAUCCUAAAGUUAGGCUGUUACUUUCAAGUGCCAACUUCUUGAUUUUCUAACCCUGUAUUCACACUUCCAAAAGCCCUGUUUCAUUCACAUUUAAAUAAGUUGAUUCUCUUUGAAUACUAGUAAAACUAUCAAUGUAAUCCCUCCCUUAAAAAGAUGUCUGGAUUAGUUGGUAAUCCUAAACAUCAUGCUUCUGUUUUAAUUAUAUUCUGUACAGUAAAUGUACUGAUGACCUUAUUAAGUCUACUUUUUUUUUUACUAUAUUUUUUUUGCAGUGGUCUAACAGUCUAGAUUUAUUGCUGUGAGACAAAAUCAGCGUGUUUUAUUACAAUAGAUUUAUACAAAUUUUGUAAGACAAAAGCUGUAUACUUAGAUAACCCACGACAAUGAAACAUCACACCACCAUUUCUAUUUUUAGGCACUUCUCCAACUAAAAGUCACUUUUAAAGCACCAAUAUUGAUUUUUUGUUUUAAAAAUCCAGGGGAAACCAAGUUUACAAAAUCUUGUAUGUGACAUAGGAAAUUGCUAAAACCAAGUACACAAUUUUGGAAAAUUGUAUCACUUGCCAUGUAUGCUGUUAGUUCAAGACAUUUUAUAACUUUUACAGCAAACCAGCUCAAGAAACAUUAUUGGAAUACCAGAAAAAGGUGGACCUUCUGAAAGGGUUGUCAGAGGCAGAAAAACAGGUAACUUUAAAAGCUUGCCUUGUAUUCAUUUACUUUCUUUAAAAAUAAAAUUAUAAUUGAUAUAUUGUAGAAACAUUAAAUUAAACAAUUUUAGGGCAACAAUAUUCUGUUUGUCUUCAGCCCAGUGCGACUGAACGCUCACUUAUUACAGAACGUUUACGUCCUGUUGGAAACAGUUUGAGUAGUGCAUCUGCUAAACAACUUCAAACGAAAGCAAAGGCCAAGUGUGAAAAGGACAUAAGAGAAGAGUUGCUUGGUACACCUAAGUCAACCAUACCUAAAAGUAGGUAAUUUAAACCCAGGUGUCAAAAUAUUUAUCACAUUCUAUAAAUUAUAAAAGUUUAACUUAUUUUACUGUACCCAUUUGUGAUGUAAGAAUUGUUUAUUCAAUUUUCAAAGAGACUAUAAUAUAUAGAUUUCAAUAUUAAAAUGAGAUAUUCAUUUUUUUAUAAACUGAUUAGUGGUUUUAGAUUUCAAACAAAUUAUUCUUUCAAAGAAAUAUAAUGGAUAAUUUCAUAACAAAUUGGUGCAGAUUGGAAAUGGGCUUAAAUGCACCUGAAUUUUUUGUGUGUUAAAUAGUUCUACCAUUAAUCUAUAUUUUUACCAAUUGUUAUUAUGAGAAUGGCAGCAGGAACUUUUUAUAAAUAACCAAAACAAUUAACACACAACAGGACGCCUAAAUUUUACUUAAGUGCUUCCACUAUUUAUUUGAGUGGUUUAUUAAAUAAUCUUCAGGAUUUUGUAAUUUGGCUUUCAAAAUGAUAAAAUUAAAACAUAGGAGCCAGAAUGAUCAAUUCAUUGAUCGUGGGCCCUUAAAAUAAAGAAGAAGAAGAAGAAGAAAUUAAUGAAAUUUGAUUAUCGUUUUUUUUUAAAGAUGACAAUAGCUUGUCAUUUUAAAAACAGAUAAUUGGAUUUCUGAUUAUCAUUUAAAAUCCCUGGAAUUUCUACUUUUUAGUUUGCCUGUGGUGAUUAAAAUUUGUGUUGGUGUUUCCAAGGUGGAGAGGAAAAAGGUUUGAGGCAAAGAAAAACUAAUCAGGAGAAUGAUGAUAUCAACACUAUCUUACAGCAUCAUCAUAAAGUUCAAGAACGACUUGCUGAGGAGAUGUUGAUGCAUACUAAAGCUCUGCGCCAGAAUGUUACAGAUGCUGGUCGGGUAGUACGAGAGGACACUAUGGUAAACUAUUUUAAAUUACAUUUUAAAAAGUCUUUUCCCAUUAGAUUAUUUUACCCAAUAUUAACUCUCUUAUUGGACUUUGCUACAGUUGUUGGAUGAUUUAAAUUAAUAGUAUUGUUUUAAAGCUUAUUUGAUUAUAUGAAAAUUAAAUUAGAUAAAAACCAUUAUUAUUGGUUUAGAUCUCAAAGAUUUUAUUAUUAUUUAAUUCUUGCAUUCAAUGUAUCGUAAUCAAUGUUACACUAAAGAUCUUGGAAAUGUGUCAUCUCCAAAACACAAAUUCUGUCUGAAGCACUAUUUAUGAGACUGUGUUGAAAAAUUGUAUUUCUGCAUUUUUUUCUGAAAAAAAUAUUCAUUUUUGGUUGUUAGUUUUAGCUCCUUUCUACAUCCACCGGUGAAUGGACAGAGAAAUACAAUUAGUGGAGAAGAGGGACGGUGUUGACUUAGGAGUGUGAGGGUGCGCAUGGGUAGGGGGUGUCUAUAAAACAAUCAUCCUAUUGUUGCUUUGUGGUUUCACAUUGAACUCACUAGAUAGAUACUGCAAUAUUUAGCAUAGUCGCCUUAGUGACACAUUCAGUGAACAUAUACUAAUUUGCUUUGGUGUAGUUUUAUGACAUAGUUGUUCUUCCACUGAACGGAGGCGAUUGCAAAAAUGGAGAAAACUACAGAUUUUUUAAUUAAAAAGUGCAUUCUCAACUGCUCUGCACAGCAUUGUUGGAUUGUGACAUUUUCUAUAAGAUCUAGGAAGCCACAUUUGAAAUCAAUUUUAAGAAAUCACUAAACAGCUGUACAAUUUUAAUCCCCCAGUUUUGUUCCAGUUUUCCUCCCUUCUCCUACUACAACUAGUUAUUAGACUGUAACUAUAAUAAAUAAUAUGUUAGAGGAUUAUAACAUCAGGCUUAAUGAAUUGGCGGGCAUGCAGCUCGCUGGCUAUAUCACAAAUGAACUUAUCUCCUCAUUCAAUUAGCGAUUAUUUCAAUUGCUGGCAUAAAGGCACAUUUAAAUAUAUAUUCAUCACUUUUUUUUAGACGUUAUGCGCUGUUUCGCUGUACAUGCCCCUUUUUGUACUGAUUUUAAAAAAAAUAGAUUGUUAUAAAUUAUUAAACAAUUUUACUAUUUAGUAACUACUAAAAUUAAAGAAUUUAACUAAACACAGCCAGGUAAAGGGAUGCUAUUUUCCAAAAGCGUUACGAUUAAGUUGGAAAUAAUGGAAAACUCGGUUUAGGAAUAUGAACAAGUACAUCCCCACAUUUUGAACUGAAACAAAAAUGUCCACAAACCCCAGCACCACUUUUGUCAGGCAUCCAUGAUUUCCACUCCCCCACCCCUAUCAUCGUCUAUCAGAGUUGGUUGCAAAUGGCCAGCACUUUUUUUGAUUUGCUAUCAAGCACUGUAGUGACUUUUAUUAGACAUGCCAUGCCAAUAGUUUUUGUAUACACUGUACUGUAUGUUUAUUUAUUAACUUAUUCGAUAUGAUGGUGUGCGAUUUUGAAAUGGUUAAGUACUACCGGGUAUACUUAGAGGAUAUUGUACUAUUUUAGGAGUUCCUGGGUAACCAGGUCUGUUGAAUCAAAAUGAACUAAUAUCCUUUGAUAAAAGUGCUAUCAGACAAUCUAAAUACAGAAGAAAUUUAUCAGAGAUAUUAUUCUUACUUAUGAUGUGAAAGGCAUUUAGGGAAUUUUUUUCCUGAACUUUAAAAAAAUUUGAAUUAUUGUCUCUUUCAAAUGAAACACUUGAUUACAAAAUAUUUUUAGUAAGCCCCAACGGUCGUUACGUUUCAGAACCAUUCAUAACGUCAUAUCCUCCUGUCACAUGAUUUCAUUUUUUUGUCCGUCUCAUUAAACAGAAAAUUACUUCCAGCUCACAACUGGCUGAUACAAACAUGAGCAAGCUCAAGGUGGAAAGUGAUCGCCUGGAGGCCCAUACAAAAACAUGCUCGUGGUGGAUAUGGGUCAUGUUGUUAAUUGUGAUCAUAACUUUUAUUUCUAUGGUGCUAUUUAUGAGAAUAUUUUCAAAAUAAAAUUUUGAAUGCGCA